CGACUCGACGAUGAUUGGCCAGGGCACCUCCGUCUUGGCGACGGUGACCGCGCGUGGGUCGGGGUGGAAUGAAAGCUGGCAUCAUCGGUAACGUGAAGUAGCAGACACGCGAACAACGCCGGAACGAGCCUCUUUCGCUCCCACCAGUCGUCCACCACCCGUGGGCAUGUCGAGAUGACCUUCCCUUCCUCGUCACUUUCCACCGCCGAAAGAAUCCCACAAUGAGAUCACGACUGUUGCGGCCCUUGCCGCUCAUCUUCAUUUUCCUUUCGAUUUUUCUUUCCGUAUCAGCAUUCAAUUUCCGAGCGAGCGAACGAGCGCAUUCACAACAACCCCUCGGAGACCAACAAUCAUCCUCUUCAACACCACCAGCUUCAUGGGACGACUGGGGCGCGCAGAGACAAGAGGGGGACAAUGGCGGCUGGGCUGCUUAUAAUGAGGCGACGGCAUUAUUGGCGAAGAUCCGCCCUUCGGCGACGCCAUGGUGGGAUUUCAAGAAGUCGGGUGUGUUCGGUACCAGCGCAUACUACGCCAAAGAGCUCUUCUUUGUGCUCUUCAUGAACGGUCCCCCUCAACAGCAGCUUCUCACUACGGACCCAACUUCACGAAAAUUGGGCCCUCCGCUCGGCGAUGCAGUCCGGCUGCUUAAAGACGCUGCUGCCGAGUACAACCCCGACGCCAUCUUCACAUUGGCCGAGCUGAAUUUCCACGGCAACUAUUCGCAUCCACGCAAUUAUACCGAAGCCUUCCGUCUGUACAAUCAGCUCGCAACAUUGGAUGGAAAUGCUACAGCGCAAUAUAUGGUUGGGUUUAUGUAUGCGACGGGCAUCGGAAGAGCCGUGCAGCAGGACCAGGCGAAAGCUAUGCUGUAUCACUCACUUGCCGCUCAACAGGGGGAUAUCCGGUCAGCAAUGACUGUUGCGUAUAGGCAUUUUGCCGGAAUCUCGACUACCCGAAACUGCGAGGAUGCCGUGUACUGGUACCGGAGUGUGGCGAACAGAGCUAUCGAUUACAUGCGAAGCGGUCCACCAGGAGGUUAUGCAUUGGCCAAACACUCAUACAGAAUUGCCGAUGAGCAAGGCGGCGUAUAUGGCGAGGGAGCCAGUGUUAGUAGUUCUGGCCGCCUCGCCGACCGAGGAGGCGUGCAUUCGAGUCGAUAUUCCGCCUUCGAUGAUGUGCUGGAAUACAUGGAUAUGCAGGCACGCAAAGGCAACAUCGAAUUGAAGUUCAGGUUGGCAAGACACAGCUAUGAAGGUAGCAGAUCUGCACCCAAGAAUCUCCUCGAAGCUAAGAAGCGUUUCUUGGAGAUCGCUCGUUUGUAUUGGCCUAAAGAUGGCAAGGCGAAGACAACUCUUAUCGGCCACGACAAGGUGUACCCCCCUAAGGCUGCUGGCUAUCUUGGACGGAUGUUCUUGCGUGGCGAAGGAGCGCAGCAGAAUUUCGCCAUUGCAAAGACAUGGUUCGCUCGCGGUAUUGAGCAUGGAGAUGGCUUGUCUCAGUAUUCCAUGGGGCUGUUGUAUCUACACGGUCUCGGCGUUCCCCAAGAUGCAGUCAAAGCUGCUAGCUACUUUGGAGCUGCAGCGGAUCAAGGCUCUCCUUCUGCUCAAGUGGAAAUGGGCGCCUUGUUUCUUGACCAAGGCGACGUGGCCACAGCCAUCAAGUACUUUGAGCUUGCUGGGGGUAACGGACAUAUCGAGGCGUAUUACUAUCUCGCCGAACUUACUUACAAUGGCGUGGGGCGCGACAAAUCGUGCGAGCUCGGCUCUGCAUACUACAAAGUGGUGUCGGAAAAAGCCGAGAUAAUCUCUACGACAUUCGCCGAAGCUAACCAAGCGUACAAAGACGGAGAUCUCGAGGCAGCACUGGUUGGAUAUAUGAUGGCUGCUGAGCAAGGUUUUGAGGCUGGACAAGUGAACGUUGCCUACCUCCUCGACCAAGCCAAGCCUCGCUUUAGCAUGAACGAUUUGCUCCCUCUUGUGCGGAAAAAGGCUGCUUUGGCCGGCGAUGCUUUCCUUGCAUUGAUCUAUUGGAACCGCUCAGCCGAACAGAAGAACUACGAUUCUCUUGUCAAAGUCGGAGACUACUAUCUUCUUGGCUUAGGCGCCAAAGCAGACCCCGAGAAGGCGGCUGCCGCUUAUCAAGCAGCUGCUGACUCCAUGCAGAGUGCCCAAGCUCUAUGGAAUCUCGGAUGGAUGCAUGAGAAUGGCAUCGGUAUCGAGCAAGAUUUCCACCUCGCUAAGCGACACUACGACCUGGCUUUGGAGGUAAAUCCUCGUGAGGCCCAUCUCCCUGUUGUGCUUGCCUUGUACAAGUUGAGAUUGCGAAGUUGGUGGAACACCGUCACGCACGGCAGCGUGAAGUCCAUUCAAGACGAACCAGUUACCAAGAAGGAGUGGUCGUUCUGGGAAUGGAUUGACGACUUCCUCGACGCCGAAUUCGCCCACGAUGCUGAGCACUUGGACCCCGACGACUACGAAGACUCACCUAUGCCCGGUGGUGACGAAGACUACUACGACGACGAUAUCGAAUCCGAGAUUCUCGAAUCGCUUGUCAUCCUCGCGCUCUCGGGCGCCCUAGCUUUCCUUGUGUGGUAUCGCGCACAGCGCCAGCGUCGUCAAGAAGAAGCACGCAGGAGGCAGGAACUGUUACAACAGCUGAAUCACGGACCUCAGCAACAGCAACAACAGAAUCCGCAACCGCAAGACAAUGGCCGAGGCGUGUUCCCCGAUCCUAACGAUCCUGCUUUCAUGGGGUGGGUUGCUGGCGGCAUUGGGCGUUGA